GUGACUUGGGCGCAGCGCUCGAGCACGACCGAGGCAGAGAAGAACCACGUCUUUCUCUCAAUCAAUGUACCCGAUGUCGACCCAAAGAAGAUCAAGCUGGACAUUCAGCCGACCAGCUUAGACUUCACCGGUCACAGCGAGUCCAAGAAGGCCGAUUACCACGUCAAGCUUGAAUUCUACGCCGAGAUCGACCCAUCAGCAUCAAAGGUCAACCACUCGGCGCGAGCUGUGGAGCUUGUCUUACAGAAGAAAGAGCUGAAGGAAGAGUACUGGCCUCGGCUGCUCAAGGACAGCAAGAGAGUGCACUACCUCAAGACAGACUUUGACAAGUGGGUGGAUGAGGACGAACAGGAUACGAUUGCCGAGGACGACGACUACAUGAGCAAAAUGGGUGGCAUGCCUGGCGCCGGCAUGGGUAGCGAUGGCGGUUUCGGUGGCAUUGACUUCAGCAAACUUGGCGGUGCUGGUGGUAUGGGCGGCAUGGGCGGCAUGGGCGGCUUCGGCGAGGACGACCUUGGCGAGGAGGAGGAGGAAGAAGAUGAGGACGAGGACAUGCCUGAGCUUGGUGAGGCCAAAGACGCAGCCGCACCCAAGAAGGAGGGCGGAAAGAUUGAGGAGAUUGAGUAA